AUGAGAGAGGAAGAAAGAGGAGCAGUCGGGGGUGGUGGCUGUGGUGGCGGGACAGGUGGUGGCUCAACCAUAUCCCUAUCCCUUGCUGGUCACUUUGGUCACUUUUUGAUUUGGAAUGAUUUUGGAGAAUUGAGUGCGCGUCGAUAUGAGUCCGUAGACAGGCGGCACGCUCAAUUCCGAGUUGUAAUGAACACUUAA